AAACAAGCAUUUGUAGAGAUAGAAAGAGAAAGAGAAAGAGAAAAAGAAAGAGAGAUUAAAAAGCAAAGGCGCCUCUUUUCCCCCCUAUCUUUUAAUCAUGGCCCUCUUCUCUCUCCGUAAGUAAAAAAGGUUUGUUCUUGAUGUCUCUUUAUGCUCCCCUCAGGUUUUGGUGAGGCAGGCGUACCUCAUAUUAGGAAAUUUACAUAACCCCCCUUGUUCUCUUCUCCUCAUUUCUUGUCUUUUCUUGAUGAUGCCUUCCAGUUUUGCCCAAUUCUACUUCUGAGUUUCAAACAAAGGCUUGUGAUUUCCCAUGAUUCCCUUUACCUUUCCCUUUUCUUCCACCAAAAAAAGACGUGAUUUUGAUUGGGUUUCGCAGCUUCAACACUGACUACAUGAUUAGGAAAGAGAUGGAAUCAUGUGUUCUUGUAAUUAUCUCACUGUAGCUGCGAAUCUUUGUUUCUUGAUGAAUUGUGAGCUGGGUUUGCUGGUAGAUCCAUCUGUACCUUAUAAAGAUUCUGCUUUUUGAUGAUAUUUUCUGCUAUUAUUGAGUUUCCAAAGCUUUUUCUCAAGUGGGUGUUUGUUACAAUGUCUUUGAAUUCCAAGAUUUCUGGGUUAAAUGGUAGAUUGGUGACCAGUUCAAAGAUGAGGAAGACUAAAGAGCCUUCGAGGGGAUCUCAUAGCGGCUGGAAAAAGAAAAGAUUGCUCCUUUUUGUGUGGGUUUUUCUUAUUGUCACUGGGUUUGGUUUAUUUUUAUUCAGUGGCGUUUUAAGGAAGAAGACGGAUAUAACAGUAACAGGAACAUGUGAAGAUAAAUCGUUACUUUUGGUUGAACAAUUUAACGUCAGCAAAGACCUUCUUCAUGAGCUUGCUUCCUCAUUCUUUGAAUCAGAUCAGAUAACCACCUUGAAAUGUAUCAAGCAUAUGGGAUACGAAACAUCAACAAAAAAUGAAAUCACCUGCGCUCUCACAGCGCCAAAUCCUGCAGAAAAUGUCGAAUUGUGGGGCCAAUGCCCUGUUGACCAUGGCGACAAUCCUAUGAUGCUUGAAAAACUUACAAUCGAGCAUUACAACAGUAUUAUGAAGGUCACCCUGUUGGCCAUUUUCGUAAUCGCACUUUGUUGUGUGAUUUUGUGGAAGAAUCGUAAAGGGAAACUUAAGAAGAAAGAGCAAGCAUUGACCUCGUCAAAGGGAGCAGGAAAAUGGAUGAAGAAGCUUCUGGUUCUAUUUGUAUUAACUGGAAUUAUUGUAUCGAUUUGGUUGUUUUGGUACUUAAAUGAAGGUACACGCAUUAGAAGAACAGAAACGCUAGAAAACAUGUGUGAUGAACGUGCAAGAAUGUUGCAAGAUCAAUUCAAUGUGAGCAUGAAUCAUGUUCAUGCUCUUGCUAUUCUCGUUUCCACUUUCUAUCAUGGGAAAGAACCUCCUGCUAUUGAUCAGAAAACUUUUGGGGAAUAUACUGAAAGAACAUCUUUCGAGAGGCCAUUAACUAGUGGAGUUGCAUAUGCUCUUAGAGUGCCUCAUUCUGAAAGGGAGAAAUUUGAGAAAGAACAUGGAUGGACUAUAAAGAAGAUGGAAACUGAAGAUCAAACGUUAGCACAAGAUUGUGACCCUGAGAACUUGGAUCCUUCACCUAUUCAAGACGAAUAUGCCCCUGUUAUCUUAUCUCAAGAAACCGUUUCUCAUAUUGUAUCUAUUGAUAUGAUGUCUGGAAAGGAAGACCGUGAAAACAUUUUACGAGCAAGGGCAUCUGGAAAGGGAGUCUUGACAUCUCCAUUUAAGCUACUAAAAUCAAACCACUUAGGUGUUGUGCUUACUUUCGCUGUCUAUAAUGCUCAUCUUCAUCAAGAUGCUACACCAGAACAGCGAAUUAGAUCCACUGUGGGAUACCUCGGUGCAUCUUAUGACGUGCCAUCUCUAGUUGAAAAGCUUCUACACCAGCUAGCAAGCAAACAAACCAUUGUUGUCAAUGUUUAUGACACAACAAAUGUUUCAGCAGCCAUUAACAUGUUUGGUCCUAAUGAAACUGAUACAGGGUUACUCCACAUCAGCAGUCUUGAUUUUGGUGAUCCUGCUAGGAAGCAUGAAAUGCGUUGCAGGUUUAAACAGAGGCCUUCUGUACCUAUGACAGCAAUAAUAGCGUCGAUUGGAGUGCUUACAAUCACGUUUCUUCUUGGGCAUAUCUUCUAUGCAGCUAUAAACCGAAUUGCAACAGUGGAGAGUGAUUUUCGGGAGAUGAUGGAGCUCAGAAAUCGUGCUGAAGCUGCAGAUGUGGCAAAAUCUCAGUUUCUUGCAACGGUUUCACAUGAGAUUAGGACCCCAAUGAAUGGUGUUCUAGGGAUGUUGCAGAUGCUAAUGGACACAAAUCUGGACGCGAAGCAAUUGGAUUUUGCACAAACUGCUCAUGCUAGCGGGAAAGAUUUGAUAAAAUUGAUUAACGAAGUUCUUGAUCAAGCAAAAAUUGAAUCUGGAAGGCUCGAACUUGAAGCUGUCCCAUUUGAUUUACGCACCAUUCUUGAUAACAUUUUAUCUGUAUUUUCAACUAAAUCUCAAGAAAAGGGGAUCGAGUUGGCUGUAUAUGUUUCUAAUCAGCUUCCCAACAUGGUUGUUGGAGACCCUACUCGAUUCAGACAAAUAAUCACAAAUCUUGUUGCGAAUUCACUUAAAUUCACACACGAUAGAGGACACAUAUUCGUGUCAAUCCAUCUAGCAGACGAAUUGACAAAUGAAUCCAAUACAAAAGAUGAAAUCUUGGCCUCUCUUCAUGGGUCGAUAGAAAGAUGUAACACUUUAAGUGGGCUUACUGUGGUUGAUAGGACAAAAAGUUGGGAAAAAUUCUUGAAAUUAAGUGGUGAAGAUUCGAUAAAUGAACCUGAAAAGAUUAAAAUAUUAGUGACAGUUGAAGAUACGGGUGUGGGAAUCCCUAUAGAUGCACAAAACCGUAUUUUCAUGCCUUUUAUGCAGGCUGAUAGUUCAACAUCAAGAACUUAUGGUGGAACUGGAAUUGGAUUGAGUAUUAGUAAACGAUUGGUGGGAUUAAUGAAUGGUGAGAUUGGAUUCGUUAGUGAACCGGGUAUUGGAAGUACUUUUUCAUUUACAGUUUUCAUGAAAAAAGAAACAUCUUCUCUUGAUACUGGAUUACAUCAAUAUCAUCCAGCCAUUUCAGAGUUCAAGGGACUAAAAGCAUUGGUGAUUGAUUCGAAAAAUAUAAGAGCACAAGUCACUCGAUACCAUCUUCAAAGAAUGGGAAUAUUAGUUGAAAUUGCAUCUUGUUUUGAUUCUGCACAAUCUUUUCUAUCCGAAAGUGAUUCUGGUUUUGCGAUGAUUCUUAUUGAUCAAGAAGUAUGGGAAAAGGAGAAGGGUCUUGUGUUCCUUCAUGGCGUUAAAAGUAGCACGAAAUUGUUUCUAUUGGCUAAUACCCUAAACCCUAGGGUAAACAAUGAGAUGAAAUCGGCUAAUUUGGUGGCAACUGUUGUGGGAAAGCCACUAAGAUUAAGUGUGUUAAUUUCUUGCUUUCAAGAAACGUUUAAUGUAGGAAACAAAAGAGUUGUAGCAAGAAGAAAACCGUUGACUUUAGGGAAUUUGUUACGUGAUAAAAGAAUCUUGGUAGUUGAUGAUAAUGUUGUUAAUAGAAGAGUGGCAGAAGGUGCUUUAAAAAAGUAUGGAGCUAUUGUUACUUGUGUAGAUAGUGGGAAGGCUGCUAAACAGAAGCUUAAACCACCUCAUGAUUUUCACGCGUGUUUCAUGGAUCUUCAAAUGCCCGAAAUGGACGGGUUUGAAGCUACAAGGCAGAUUCGCAGCUUGGAGAGCAAGUUUAAUGAAGGAAUCAAAUCUGGUGAAGCUUAUUGGCAUACUCCUAUUUUAGCAAUGACUGCUGAUGUCAUCCAGGCUACUGAUGAAGAAUGCAUGAAAUGUGGAAUGGAUGGUUAUGUAUCAAAGCCAUUUGAGGAAGAACAGCUCUAUUCAGCUGCAGCUACCUUUUUUAAGUCUGGUUGAUUGUCUGAAAUCUGAAUGGUUUAGUGGGUCCCACUUCCACUGUAAGUUAACCCUGGUUAACAUCUUAACCAUGGUCCAGUUCCACCAUAGUGGUUUGCACCAGGCUGACCUCUAACCUUGGUUAAGAACUUUAACAGUCUGGUUAGAUGGCAAAACCAGCAGCAUUGCAAUUGAAGCUUGCAUCAUAUUAUAAGUCGCUGUUCUUGCCAUGUUGAUUAUGAGCAUGGGAUAUACGAGAGACUUCAUUCACCUGCUGACAGAAAACUCGGAAAUCUAACUUUCUGGUGUAUAAAAAAUUAAAAUCCCGAUAUGGGUUGUUUGUAAAUGUUUGUAACGAACCAUAUGUAAAAAUAAUGAUAUUGAUAAUAAUAAUAAUAAUAAAGAAAACUCUUUAUUUGUUGUAUA